GGUUAUGGGGAAAACAGUGUGUGUGUGAGAAGCUGUCACUCAGUGGCCUGAGAAAUGGCGCAGUCGUAGCUGUUCAGAUAACACCCACACACUCACACACACACACACACUCAUACACACACAGACACGCGCGCGCAGGACAGAAGGAAAGACCCUGCCAACUCCGGCCUCGUGGUAACCAUGGGCCACGGUGUGGGCUGAGGAUCCGGAGGGCUUUACACACACCUAUAGCUUCCACGUCUGUGUAUGACAUGGCCACGGCCCCAUCCAGAUCAGACUGUCGCAAUAACCACGGAAGGACGUCUCAGCUCCAUGCCAUCGUUAUAUGUGCCAAACUCAAGCGGAAGAAGAAUUGGUUCGGUGCGGCCAUUUACGUGGAGGUGACAGCGGAGGGAGAAAGCAGGAAGACGACCAAGUCUCACAACCCCUCCAGCCCCAAGUGGGACGACCACCUCACUCUGAAUGUAACGCCACACUCACAGUUGGAGUUUAAAGUAUGGACCCAUCACACUUUAAAGGCAGAUGCUCUGCUGGGAAAAGCCACUCUGGACCUGCGCCAAGCCCUGGAGCAACACAACAGGAAACUUGAAAAUGUAAAGGAGGUGCUAAAGCUGACUCUGGAGAACAAAAAUGGCGUGGUGACCUCUGGAGAGCUCACGGUCAUCCUGGACGGCCUCGCUGUUGACCAGGAGCCUCUACACAACGGGAACGCCACCACUACAACCAAAGUUCAGCAGAAUGGAGAUGCUAUUCAUGAGAAUGGGGAGGAAGACGCCAGAGCUCAGAACAGCUCGGUGAACGGCACACACGGAGUGGAGAGCGAAGCCCCAUCCACCUCCUCCGGUAACAGCGAUGGCAGCACCGCCCCUGUUGUCAACGGCGACGCGGAGUCCACGCCCACGCACCAGACAGCUACGGCUACCACGAACCCUGCUGACAGAAGCGUGCCAAGUACGACUGUUAAUGGGGAGAAUUCUGCGGAUGCUGCUUCAGAAGAGCUGGUGCUGCCACCUGCUGGUGGGACUGAGGAACAGAAUGAAGCUUCCUCCACUCUCCCCUCCGCCUCCGCCUCCACCUCCACCUCCUCUCCACAGCAGUCUGCAGCUGUAGCCUCCAGCACUCAGCCCAGCAGUGAUGCUGCCUCUUCCUCCUCCUCUUCCUCAUCUGCACCCAGUCAGGCAGUAGCCACUGCUGCUGCUGCUGCUGCUGCUGCUGCUGCUGCUUCUUCAUCCUCCAGCUCCGCAGCAGAUGCUGCUUCGGGCACCAGCACAGUCACAGAUGGAGCCAAACCUCGACAGCAGCCGCCCAACGUCAGCACUUCAGACCCUUUGCCUCCUGGGUGGGAACAGAGGAAGGACCCGCAUGGCCGAACCUACUACGUCGAUCACAAUACAAGAACCACAACGUGGGAAAGACCACAGCCUCUGCCACCGGGUUGGGAGAGGCGAGUGGAUACCCGCGGCAGGAUCUACUACGUAGACCACAACACGCGGACCACCACGUGGCAGCGGCCCACCAUGGAGUCAGUGCGCAACUUUGAACAGUGGCAGUCCCAGAGAAGCCAGCUACAGGGAGCUAUGCACCAGUUCAACCAGAGAUACCUCUACUCGGCUUCAAUGAUGUCUGCAGAAAAUGACCCCCUGGGUCCACUACCUCCUGGUUGGGAGAGACGUGUGGAUUCAAACGAUCGCGUGUAUUUCGUCAAUCACAACACAAAGACCACCCAGUGGGAAGACCCUCGCACACAAGGGCUGCAGAAUGAGGAUCCUCUGCCUGAAGGCUGGGAGAUCCGUUACACAAGAGAAGGCGUGCGCUACUUUGUGGAUCACAACACUCGCACCACAACGUUCAGUGACCCAAGGACCGGCAAGUCCUCUGUCACUAAAGGGCCUCAGAUAGCAUACGAGCGCAGCUUCCGAUGGAAACUAGCUCACUUCCGCUACCUGUGCCAGUCCAACGCGCUACCCAGUCAUGUUAAGAUCACAGUCUCUAGACAGACAUUGUUCGAAGACUCUUUCCAGCAAAUAAUGGCUCUGAAGCCGUAUGACCUUAGGAGAAGGCUUUACAUCAUUUUCAGAGGGGAGGAGGGACUCGACUAUGGAGGCCUUGCCAGGGAGUGGUUUUUCCUCCUCUCACAUGAGGUCCUGAACCCCAUGUACUGUCUGUUUGAGUAUGCCGGCAAGAGCAAUUACUGUCUGCAGAUAAAUCCCGCAUCCACCAUCAACCCAGAUCACCUGUCCUACUUCUGCUUCAUCGGCCGCUUCAUCGCCAUGGCGCUCUUCCAUGGAAAGUUCAUUGAUACAGGCUUCUCCCUGCCCUUUUAUAAGCGCAUGCUCAACAAGAAGCUCCUCCUUAAAGACCUGGAGUCCAUCGAUCCAGAGUUCUACAACUCUCUGAUCUGGAUCCGGGACAACAACAUAGAGGAGUGCAGUUUGGAAAUGUACUUCACUGUCGAUAUGGAGAUUCUGGGCAAAAUCACGUCCCACAACCUGAAACCAGACGGUGAUAACAUUCUGGUGACGGAGGAGAACAAGGAGGAGUAUAUCGGGUUAAUGGCAGAGUGGCGCUUCUCUCGAGGUGUUGAGGGUCAGACCAAAGCGUUUCUGGACGGCUUUAACGAGGUCGUUCCACUGCAGUGGCUGCAGUACUUUGACGAAAAGGAAUUAGAGGUGAUGCUUUGUGGGAUGCAGGAGGUCGAUCUACAGGACUGGCAGAGAAACACUGUGUAUCGCCACUAUACCAGAAACAGCAAACAGAUCAUGUGGUUCUGGCAGUUUGUGAAGGAGGUGGACAACGAGGUUCGUUUGCGGCUUCUGCAGUUCGUCACGGGCACCUGCAGACUUCCCCUGGGGGGUUUCGCCGAACUCAUGGGGAGUAACGGACCUCAGAAAUUCUGCAUUGAGAAGGUUGGCAAGGAGACGUGGCUUCCCCGGAGUCAUACAUGCUUUAAUCGCCUGGACUUGCCCCCGUACAAAAGCUUCGAACAGUUAAAAGAGAAGCUUCUUUUUGCGAUCGAGGAAACUGAAGGAUUUGGACAGGAGUAGAGAACUGUCCUCUCUGCAGCAGCACGUCCGGCAGAACGGGGGAAAAUAAACAAAAAAAAACCACACGAGAAAAGAAAAUUGCACAGAGAACUAUCAAUGUACAUAAGCUAUUUUGUCAUUUUAAACCAAAUCUUAAUCCGAAACCUCAUUUAGCAAUCUCCAUAACAUUAUUCCCCAUGAUUAUGCAAGCAUUUUAGCUUUUUUUUCUUAUAUUUUAAAAGCAGAAAUCUAAAAACAAUAAUGGUUGGUUUUUUUUGUUUUGUUUUGUUUUUUUUUAAAGGGGAUUGACAAAAAAAAAUCAGAGAGGAUUUUAUAAUUCAACCAUAUCUACAGCUCUAGUUUUAUAGAGCUCUUAAAGAAUGAUUGUAGUGUUCAGUCCGGUGCCUGGGUUUUUUUUUUUUCCUCUUAUUUUAUUUUAUUCUAUUCAAUUUUUUUUUUGGAUCUUAAAUUGUGUUUGUGCUGCAGUUGCAUGGCUGUCUCCAGAGAAGAUCAACCUUCUCCCCCUCCCUCCCCGUCUCCCCAAGAUACAUGAAACUCCAUGCAGUGCAUCCAUAAUCCACAUGGCAUAUCAUUGAAAAACAGUAUUGCAGUUGUCACUUUAGACCAAAAGUAUUUUUGUUUUCUCUCUCUCUCUCCUCAGCUGCUGCACAUUUAGAGUACACUUUCUUAAAUAGGAGUUCCCAGGGAAAGGACAACCCGCUCGCUCGCUGCAUGUCACGGCUGUUCAUUUACACUGAGGGCUUUACCAGGUCUCUAGAUCGAUCAUAGACUACUGCGGAGACAGAAAUGAUAUUUUGUUAGCAUAUUUAGAAAAGAUACAAGUUCGAAAAGACAGAAGGCUGAGUGAAAAUACUGCUGCCUAAAACAUCCACCAUCGUUCACUUGGUGUCUGGGAAUAAACUUUCAUGAUCCUUGUUUUAAUCCGGCCAGAUUUAUCUGGAGCAGAAACAAUCAUGAGUAAUAGAUAUGACUGAAACUCAUCCCUGUAGCUAAGAGAAUCAAACACGCGUCUGAAUCCUCAUGUUGAUUCGUACGCUUGUGGAGCUGAAGUUCACUGUGGCAACAAAUCACUGUGUAAGUAUUUGAAAUAUUAAAGGAAAACUCCACCCUGAAUGAUUUGCAUAUCAGUCUUUAUAAUUAAUGUGAUUUUCAACUGCAUCCAAGAUUUAAUUUGUAAUGAAAUCCCAAGCUCUUUUUUUUUUUUUUUUGGGUCAAGAAUUUGGUCUAUUUUUCUUAAAUUGGAGAGUGGGAGUGGCACCAGUGGGAUUUAUCCCUUGCUUCAUCUCUACCUAAAGAGAGCGAUGCAGCGGUGCUUUAGUCCUUUACUCUGUCCAGCUCUCUCACCUCCUCAUCUGUACUCUCUUCUCAAACAGAUCAGCUUCCACAGCUUUCAUGCCAGAUACCACCAGCAACCCUAUCGUCAUCUCGUAGAUCACUAACUAGUCAAGCUGAGUCUAUCUGUGUAGCGUUCAAAGUCCGACGUUUUCACCAAUGUCUCCGCUACUUCUGCAUCUCAUUAAUAUGGUGUUGAACAUCGCUGGAAAAUGGUGAGAGACGUGCUCGCUCUUUUGUAUUUGGAGCUAACGGCAAAAUCUGAUGAUUAUUUUUAUUUUUUUUUUUUCUCUUUCUCUUAUUAAACACUAUUAAUUGCAUAUCAUUGUUCCCCUGUGACGUCCUUAAACUUCUCAACAAUGGAAAAAUACAUCGCAGAUCAACAGGAUGCAUGUUUCAGGAUGGACUUUUCCUUUAAAGCUCAAAUCGACCCUUACCACCAUGCACUUGCUCUCGAAGGCCAACGACGUCGCAGUGGCGUAUGAACUUGUGUCCGGAGCAGGACUGUUGGCUUUUUGACGUCUAGCUGUCACCCAGUUGGUGCGCGUGUGUGUGCGCGCGUGUGAAUGGGCACUGUAGAGGAUAAAUCACUGGUCCUCUGAAUUUCAAUGCCAAGCUUUCACAGCGCUACUCAUUUUUUUAUCCGUUUCCUUUCAUUUAUUUCUCUCCCAUUUUUUUUCUUCAUUGACGAGGUGAAUACACACAGAUUGUGAACCACAGCUGCAAUAGUGAACACUGAAUUUAGACUGUAAAGUGUGAAGCCUGAAACUAAAAAUGAUGUAACUAACAACCCUUUUCAGCGUGUUCAAGUUUAUGUGAGGAUGAGGUGUGGCCAUUAAAAAAAACAAAAAAAAAAACAACUCAAUUGUACCCUCAUUUUAAAAGAAACUGAAAUGCCAGUAUGUGAUUAAUUGUGCAUUAGAAAUAAAGACAUUUUCUAUUUAAACAAGUACAUAGAUUUUAAACACCUUUUUUUUUUUUUUUUUUUCUUCAAGUUUUGUGCAGUACCUGGAUAGGAAGAAGAGACAUGGCUUUUUUGCAUAGAUAAUUUAUUAGCAGUUAUAUUUCAUUGGCAGUUAAAUCAUUUCUUUGCUCCAGGUGUCUGGUUGUCUAGUAUGUUUUUCUUUUCCAUGAAAUGAUGCAUGAACAUGUUUCACAGCUAACCCUGAAACUUGAAUUCUACAGGCUGUUUAAAAUUGUAUUAUUAUUAUUUUUAAUUUUCCAUUAUAUAUAUAUAUAUAUAUAUAUUUUUUUUUUUUCCUUUUCUUUUGAAAUGUGAAACCUACCAAAAUCUGCCUCUGGUGCUUUCUGUCACAAUACUAGCACGGGGAGAAGUUCUGUCCACUUCAAUGAGUGAGUUUGUCAGCGAGCUGCUACUAUUGUUAUGAUCCAGUCAUUACAGUAAAAUUCCUCACCACUGUUGGACAA